AUGGUGUUAAAGGAUUGUGAGGUCCCAGGCCCAGAUGAAGGACCAGAACCAGGAUGUCGAUGGAAGCUCGCAUUUGAUGGUUCCUCCAAUUAUAAUGGCCAUGGUGUGGGAGUUAUUUUGAUGAAUCUAAAUGGUGGCUUUACCCCUUUCACAUCAAGGUUAUGCUUUGAUUGUACGAAUAAUGUCGCAGAGUAUGAAGCUUGUAUCCUUGGUAUUGAAACCACAAUUGAUCUUCGAAUCAAGAUCCUUGAGGUGUAUGGAGACUCAGCCUUGGUGAUCUAUCAGGUCAAAGAUGAAUGGGAGACCCGUGAUGCGAAGUUGAUCCCGCAUCGUGCUCAUGUUGUAAAGCUAAUUGAGUACUUUGACGAUACCACUUUCCAUCACAACCCAAGAGUAGAAAAUCAAGUGGCUGACGCUCUAAAAACAUUAGCAUCGAUGUACCAAGUCAUGUUCCAUAAUGAAACUCUGAUUAUUCGAAUAGAGCGAAGAGAAGAGCCCGACUACUAUCAACUGAUUAAAGAAGAAAUUGAUGGUAAACCAUGA